AUGUGGGUUCUGCUCCUGUUGAUGAGUGUCCCUUGUGUGGUUUCUGAAGAUUUAAAUGUGAACAUUGAAAAUCUUCCUGCUGUUGUUGGAGAACUUAAUCUAAGCAAUAUUAAGUUUAAUAAAUCUGGUAUCCUUGAAGGAGAAAAAGCAUCAAUUACUCGACACCCAUAUGCACUCCGAAUCAUUUCCGUCUCCCUGGAAGAAGCCCUGAUGUGUACUGGAGCCCUGAUUGAUUCCCGAUAUGUCCUCACAGCUAAACACUGCGCAAGCCCCACGGUUCGAGCUGUUUCUGUUUGCUUGGGAUCAAGAUAUCUCCCUCAAAAGAAUGUAUGCAACGGUGUAAGGCGAUUCGCGCGGAAACUGGUUAUGUCCAACAGCAAUGAUCUGUUGAUUGCUAUUUUGGGGAAUAAAGUGUACAACACUUCAGUGACCAAACCCUUGAGACCUCAGGUCUUUCAACCGGCUGAUAUACAGGAAGCAUGUUAUGGUGUUGGUUUUGACCUGUUUAUACCAGGACGCGAAAAACCUAAGCCCUAUAUGCUAAAAGUAAACUUCACAGUGGUUCAUUAUGAUGAUGAGUUUAUCUAUGUUAGAUCUGACAAGCAGAAUGUUUGUCGUAGACACUCUGGAUUACCAUUGAUUUGUAAUGAGAAAUUUGUUGGUGUGGCCACGGAACCUCCGAAGACUGAUUGUUUAUCAGGGAAUGCAAUGGCGAAGUAUGUCAAUUUGAAUAGCAGCAUGUAUUUCAUCAACAAGGUGCUAUCAGGGUUUUAUGAUCGGAGUGAGGAGUUAACCUCUAAUUGGAAACUUAUUUUGGGAGUUGCUAUUUUGCAAACUUUACAAUUGUUUAAAAAGGGGAAGAAUGUUAAUAAGGUCAUGGUUUUGGGAUUGGUUAUGGGAUUAUUUUUGGGUUUCAUGGGUUAA